AUGAGUAAGACGAAAUAUUAUGUUGCUGAGUUGCCUCAAUUGACAAGGCGGCGAUCGGACCAACUCCAACUCGGUGCCACUGACUUCCACCCACCAAUACCGCAAUACUACCACAAAGGAGCUUCCUACAACGGAGGAGCUUCCGUAACCAAGGCUUCUGCAAAAAAAUCACUAACUCUUCGUGCCAAGAACAACGGCUGGCCGUCCACUUCCUUCCGACGUUGGGUCUUUAGCAAUCCUACUUCGAUAUCUGACAUACAUCGAACCACAAGAGCCUCGACCAAGGCAAAGACAAUCGAAUCAAUAGUGAAGGAUGCAGCAGCCAAGAAAGGGUCUGGGAGCAAGGAGGAAAUCGAGGCAACUCUCAAGGCCAAAGAAAGUACUCCUUAUCCCUAUUCCAUCAAAAAGGAACAAAAGUAUAUGGUCUACCAUCUAACAAACAAAGCCAUUCCUCAUAUCACAACCGUUCCUCCCGAGACCAGCUUCAAGAUCUUCGGCUAUUUGGGCCCCGUAAACUCAGAAUAUCUGGGAGUCACAUGCAAAUCCAUGCACGGUUUCCAUCGCGAGAAAAAUACGGAAUUUUCAAAUCGUCGACCGAUGGUAGGGGAUACACACUCGCACACGGGGAUGAGAGAGGAUGAGGAAUGGAAGUAUGAGAACAACCUUCCGAAUAGACUCGAUCCCAUAGAGGAGCAUUUCGGGGAUGACGAUGAUUCUGAGGAGGAAAACUCUGGAGAUGUAGACUCCGAGGAUCGAGUUUCUGAGAAUGAAAGAUACUGA